CCGACAGCUUUAAUGGUCUCCCGCAGCUUCCAGUGGAUUAAUGCUCUGGCACGCAAGCGUCAAAGAAGAUUUAAAGAGCGACAGUGAAGCAGCAGCCCAGAGAUGUUCAGAGCUGUGUUCGGAAAUAGGAGAGAGGGAGGAGGGAAAGGAGGGGAGAAAAAAAAGAAUCACAAACAAUCAGGUGGGGAGGUGUACACUCACAGCACCUUGCAGAGGGCCGGUGGUCAGCGCGCCGCACACUACAGGGAUGGCGGCUGCACUGACAGCCCAUUAAAACUGAGGAGAUUAACCAAGGGCGGGUCCAUUUCCUUACCGUCCUCCCCUCUUCUCCCUCGCCAGGAAAACAUCGUUCCCUCUCAGUCAUGCAUCAAGUUGCCAGGACGGGCAAGGAAGCUGGAGUAUGUGGACGGCUCUUCCAGAGCGAGAGAACCUUCUGUUUUUGCCUCGUGCCGUGGCAAGACAGACCACAGAGACUUCCACGUGGAGCCCCAGUCUGGCUCCUCCCUCUCUACCCAGGAACUGAUGACCAGACUAUGCUUCUUAUUGGGAGAAGCAACGCCCGGCACUGCUAGCUCUCCUAUGGAGGACAGGAGGGAAAAGAAGUGUGAUACCUCCGCCCAGGGGGGGAGCCCCAGCUCCACUCUGACCUGCAGCACGGCGUCGCCUUGCUCGGGGAGCCCGUCGUCCACCCUGAGCACCGGCGCUGGGGGCCCGUCUCUGCCCCAGGCCUUACCCUUACCUUAUUCCCACUGUGGCAGCAGCACUAGUCCCAGUGGAACCCCUUCCAGCCCCGCACACAGCCCCGCACACAGCCCCGCUCGCAGUCCGGCCCCCAGCCCUGCUCCCUGUGGGGCUGCCGGUCCAAACACGGGGAGCAGCCCUGGGCCGUCUUCUCAAAGUCCCACUUCAACCCUGGAAAGCAAAGACAGUGGAAUUAUAGCAACCACCACCAGUUCCUCAGAGAAUGAGGAACGCAGCACCUCAAGUGAGAUUCUGACCAAGGACGAAGGCCCAGCGGGCGGUGCUGGAGCGAUGGGCCACACGAGCGAGGACCGCCGUCCCGGGUUGGCCAGGGACAAUCUGUCUCUCCAACCAGAUGAGGCCUUACCUAAAACCGACAUUAUGGAAUCCAGAACUCCGCCAGCACCAAAAAGACCCCUCCCACAGCACCACCUGCACAGCACUUCCUCCCAUGCGAUGCCCCGCCCCAACUCCGUGGCAGCAACGAGCUCCACUCGACUGGAGGAUCUGAGUUAUCUGGACAACCAAAGGGCUGCUGGGCACAGGAGCUCCGUACGCAAACACAACACAGCUGGACGCACAAGUGAUGACUCCAAAGGGAGACUGGUGCCAUUCAAACAAGUCGACAUCAUGCUAAAGCCACUGUUGUUCGAAGUCCCUGGAAUCACAGCAGAAACACCUUUUGUGGGCCGAGAUUGGCUCUUCACACGUCUGGAGGAGGUCCUGAGAAAAACCAGCAGCUGUGAGGGACGCGGCGCUGUCAUCGUGGGCAACGCAGGAUCUGGCAAGACUGCUAUUAUCUGGCGGCUGGUGACGCUCAGCUGUCACGGCAUGCGCACGGCGCUGGGAGGUCCCAGCAUCCCUCACAGCCCCAGCUCCUCCCCUAAAUGUGGGGAUAAGCGUGGAAAAGCAGCCUCCAAGCAGCCGGCCGAUUCCCAGCCCAGCCAGAGUGCUUCUGCGGGAGCGGGCGAUAGUGCUGCACAGAGGAAGGAGGCUGUCAGAUGCUUAGCUGCCAAGGUGGUGGCCUACCAUUUCUGCCAGGCCGACAACACCUACACCUGCCUCGUCCCAGAGUUCGUACACAGCGUCGCCGCCCUGCUGGCCAGAGCGCCGCAGCUCACCCCAUACAGAGAGCUCCUGAUACAGGAGCCUCAUCUUCAGAACACACUGAGCCUGCGCUCCUGCGUUCAAGACCCCAUCGCUGCCUUCCGGAAAGGCAUACUGGACCCCAUAGCCAGCCUGCGCAAGGAGCGCAGGCUACCGGAAGAUGACUACAUUAUUCUGGUCGACAGUCUUAACGAGGCUGAAUUCCACAAGCCAGACUACGGGGACACCAUCGCCACCUUCAUCACGAAAUUGAUCUCCAAAUUUCCACCCUGGCUGAAGCUGGUGGUCACAGUGAGGACAGGCCUGUUGGAAAUCACCACCCUUCUCCCCUUCUCGGGCAUUUCUCUGGACAUCCUGCCAGACAGCAGCGACCUGGGAGCCGACCUGAGCGAUUACAUCCAUCACCGGGUCGGCGGCAGCUCCCAGGUCGCCACGAAUGUCACCACACCGACGGGCUCGGCCCCUGACCCUCUGCUCCUCAGCAAGUUCAGCAGCCAUCUGUCAACGCGCAGCCACGGCUCCAUCCUCUACCUUCAGCUGACCCUGGAUCUGUUCCACAAAGGCCACCUGGCUCUGAAAGGAGGGAACUACCUGGUCGUGCCCGUCUCUUUGUCAGAGGUGUACCUGCUGAUGUGUCGUGUGAGCUUCCCGGACAAAGAGGUCUUUGAACGGGUGCUUCCGGUGCUAAAUGUGGCGCUGGCGUCUCUUCACCCACUGACUGACGAACAAAUGUUCAGGGCGCUGAAUGCAGGCAGUGUGAGGGGGGAGCUGGAGUGGAAGGACUUCCAGCAGAGAUUAGACAGUCUGGCUGGAUUCGUGGUUAAACGCAGAGAUGGCACGCGGAUGCUGUGUCACCCGUCCUUCAGGGAGUGGCUGGUGUGGAGGGCUGAUGGAGAAAGCACCGACUUCCUGUGCGACCCCAGGAGUGGCCACGCGCUCCUGGCUUUCAUGUUCUCCAGGCAGGAAGGCAAGUUGAACCGCCAGCAAACUAUGGAGCUCGGACACCACAUCCUCAAAGCUCACAUAUUCAAGGGUCUGAGUAAGAAGACAGGUGUGUCCUCCAGCGUUCUCCAGGCCAUGUGGGUAAACUGCAGCACAGACAGCCUAUCAGCUGCUCUGGCCUCCCUGAGGAAUCUCUACACACCCAACAUCAAGGUGAGCCGCCUCCUGAUGCUGGGCGGAGCCAGCGUGACCUGGUGCACCGAGGUGAUAGGCCACGCCCCCAUCCUGUGCGUCCACGCCCACCUUGGACACGUGGAGAUGGUGUCUCUGCUGCUCGAAAUGGGCGCUCCGGUCGACGGGGCCACGGACAACGGCGUGACGCCGCUCUGCCUGGCUGCCGCCGCGGGCCACGCCGACAUCGUCACCCAGCUGUGCAAGAAAGGAGCCAAGGUGGGCCACGCUGAUAAGAACGGGCAGUGUGCGCUGGUGCACGCCGGACUGAAAGGCCACACGGAGAUCAUCAGCAUCUUGCUGGGCCAGGACUGGGGAGCGGAGCCCCCCACUGACCCACAGCAGCAUCACGGCAGCGAGACUGGAACAGGGAAAACACAGGCUGCACAGCAGGCUGUCACGGCUGCAGCCAGUGUGGGACACACACAGGUGGUGAAAAGCUUGCUGGACUUGAAAGAUGAACAGCUGGCGGUGCAGAUGGACGCUCACGACUCACUCUGGGGAGAAACGGCGCUGAGCGCGGCAGCAGGCAGGGGGAGGCUGGAGACGUGCGCCUCUCUCCUGGAGAGGGGGGCAGGGCUGGAGAUAGCAAACCGCAGAGGGAUGGUCCCGCUGCUGGGCGCCGCCAAACAUGGACACACUCAGGUUGUGGAGCUGCUGCUGAAACAAGGAGCUGACAUCAGUGUCAGCGACAAGCAGGGUCGGACUGCCCUGACGCUGGCCGCCGCUGAGGGCCACAUGAGCACUGUUGAACUCCUGCUGUCGAAAGGCGCCUCUCUGUCCACUGCUGACCAGGAUGGCUUGACUGCACUGAGCUGGGCUUGCAUGAAGGGCCAGAAAGGUGCAGUGCAGCUCCUGGUGGAGGCAGGAGCCGACGUGAACCUGCCGGACCGACAGGGACGGACGCCGCUUGACCUCGCCGCCCUGAUUGGAGAUGCAGACACAGUGCACUGCCUGGUGGAACACGGCGCCGUACUUGAGAGAGCGGAGAACAACAGCAGCAGGGGGUCGGACCGAGUGACCGGCUGCCAGAACCCAGCGCUGGUGGCUUCGCUGCUGAAGAAAGGAUCCAAGAUGGGCUACAGGACGGCUCCACACGAUCGAUCAGGUCACGCCACGUGGGCCAUGGCUUCCUCCAAGCCAGAUAUUCUCCUCAUCCUGCUGCAGAAGCUGAUGGAGGAAGGGAACAUGCUUUACAAGAAGGGACGAAUGAAAGAGGCAGGCCAGCGUUACCAGUAUGCCCUCAGGAAGCUGCCCCGUGAGGGGCAGGGGGAGGAGCUGAAGGGGCUCAAAGACCUGCGAGUCUCGCUCUAUCUAAACCUCUCCCGCUGCCGCAGGAAAACCAACGAUUUUGGCAUCGCAGAGGAGUUUGCAACAAAAGCCCUGGAACUGAAGCCCAGGUCUUAUGAAGCUUAUUAUGCCCGAGCACGCGCCAAGAGGAGCAGCAGGCAGUUUGCUGCAGCGCUGGCAGACCUCCACGAAGCAGCACGGCUCUGCCCGUCCAACCGGGAGAUCCGGCGCCUGCUGGCACGAGUCGAGGAGGAAUGCAAACAUCAUCAGAAGACGUCCAGCAGCAGCGCGGCGCAGGGUUACAACAGGGAGCAUCACUCCCACCACCACCAAACCACAGAGGACGAUAACGACGUCUUCUCGCAGGGAAGCUUAGAGAGGCAGAUCCCAGCGGAGCGGGCCGACGGGGAGAAGGACGAAGACGAGAAGGAGGAGGAGGAGGAUGAGGAGGAGGUGAGCCUGCAGUGUGGGAAGAGUCCGGACUUCUGGCCUCUGAAUCCGUACGCCCCGAACAGGACUCUCCCCGGAGGCGUGGCCUUCGGCUUGGCGGAUCAGUCGCCAAGUUUCGCCCAGGAGGAAUUCGUGCAGAACCAGCUGUUUCUGGACAUGAACGAGCCCGUCGCUGCCGCCGGCAGGCAGACCCAGAAUCAGGGCACCAGGACUCAUCACCACUGCCACUCCCUCCAGACGGGCAGCAGAGUCGGGGGCAGGCCUCUCUCUCUGUGCGGCCCCUCUAGUCCUCUGCCAGGCAGGCACAUCUCCACCUCCUUGAGGCCCGCGCCGGUCAUGGGUAUCGACAUUGGCCCCGGCUCGGCCAAUGAGCACUCAGCACACAGCCCCACAGAGCACUUUCACCCCAUGUCCCCCAACAGCUCCUCCCCACCUGGACCUCUGCACAUGUACCAGCCCCGCUCCUCCAGCUUCUCCAGGGGCUCCGACAGACUCUCCACCCACUCCAUGGCCCUGGACAGCCUGGCUCUCGCUCUUGGCUCUGGUAUGGAGGUCAGGAGGGAGGGUGGUGGUGGUGGAGGAGGAGGAGGAGGAACAGCUGGCUCGAGGGGUUCCAGCUCCAGCCAGGCCUCGAGUGGGAACCUUUCAGACGGAGGCAGGCCGCAGGCUCCAGAAGCCCCGUGCCCCAUCAAGAGCAGCGGCAGCUUCAAGACGAAACCCGAGCUCAAGCCCCGACCCUUCAUGGGGGUCAUGGACAAAGCCGUGCGAGUCCAGGGCCAGCAGACCCCCGGCCUGAGCCGGCAGGGCGGAGGGGGAUCCGGGGUGGAGAGCUUCAGCAUGUCAGUCAUGGAGUUCCAGGGACUGAACAAUGAGUUUAAGCGUGCCUCGUUCCAGGAGCAGCUCUCGGUGAGCCAGAGCGGCAGCCAGCAGCAGGGCCGGGAGUUUGGGGACCGACUCCACCAGCGAGAGGCCCGCGGGACCACCACCUCCUCCUCCUCCCAGCUCCGCUUUCCCGAGGGGAGGCACAGACAGGCGAGCCUAACAAGAGACAACCCGGCCCUGCACAUGGCCCCCAUCAAACCCAAGCGCUCGUUUAUAGAGUCCAACGUCUGAGUUUAGUCGAUCAAAGCACACACACACACACACACACACACACACACAAGAAGGU